ACCGCUCAUUACAAAACGGACACGAACUCCAUUUUUUUUUUAAUGGAAAAAUGUGUAGUGUGUUAAGAAAAAACACUUCUUAACACACUAGUGUGUUAACAAGUGAUUGAAUAAACAGUGUAACGUGUUUCAACGGAGUUGUCAAUGUCAAUAAUGGCCUCCGAAAUUUUUAUCAAGACAUGAGCGAUAUACUAGAAGAAGACAGAACGAUAUUUGUCCACGGGGCAUCUAUGACCGAAUUUAUGACAGAAGAAUGAAAAUAUAGAUAAAUUUUUCAAGUCCCAAGCUCAAAAUUUCAUCAAGCGAUGUAACGAUACAAAAGCAAGGAGGCGAGGGCAAUUCAAGAUUGUAUAUUCUGCAAAAUACCUCAAUGGUGAUUCAUCAUCGAUUUGUCAUACCUCAAUAAAUAUUUAUUGGGGACGGAUAACUCGACGCUUUACAAUAUUUCCAAUCUUCAAAUUAUAGUCAGUCCGCGCACAACCGCCACUCAACGAAUUCCAUUACUUGUUUUAAAAUACCCAGGUGUCGAACAUGUCGGGAAUAGAGGGAGCCAUUGAGUAAUACAUAAUAACAUAUGUAAUAUAUAAUAUAUGAAUAUCAGUAGAUUUCCUCUAAAUAUAGAAACUGUGGUUUGGUUACUAUAUCUAUUAUGAAAAUGCUAAAAAAUAAUUUUGAGCAUUUUCCUGAAACAUGAAACUGAAAAAGAAAAUUUUCUUGAAAAUUCUCAAAAAUUAAUUAAUUAAUCUAUAAAAAAAUCCACUAAAUUAUGGCAAACAGUGUUUGCUAUUAAGAAUUUCAAGUUUUCGAAAUUAGUUGACAUUUCCAGACUUCUUUUCUACAUGUGUAUUCAGACAUCUACAGACAGAUUCUAGGCCAUAUCACUACGAAGUUACGAAAAGGCACAGUCUAGUGGGUAAUGCGUCCAGAGAUACUAGAUUUGAUUUCUGAUAAGCCUAUCAGAUAUCUGUCACCAUGGCCUUUUCUAUAAAAAAUUCUCCGGCAGUAAUUCUAAAGUCACUGAUCAGAAAGGAAAUUGUGCUGGGAGCUUUUGUAAUUGUACUGCUCUACAUUGUUUUCUUCACUAUUAACAAUAAUUCAGCAGGAGGACAGGGCUUGGAUGUUACUGAUCAACUGACACAACAUAGGAGGAAAGAGCCGAACUUUAUACAAACGCUUCUCACAGCAGACGUGAGCGAUGCACCAACGAAAGACAAUGGUAUAUUUUUUCACGAGACCUCCCACUUCGGAAAAGCGGGUAUUUCCUUCACAAUCAGACAGGCUUGUGCUGUGGAGUCAGCAGCCAGGAUGAAUCCCAACAGGGAAGUUUACUUGCUCGUGCUGAACGAAUCGAAAAUCGCCAGAGACGCAGAAGAAACUGUGAAUAUACUUCUGAGCUACCGCAACAUCAAAAUCAGACGGAUUUUCGUGGAGGAUUAUGUGAAGAACACAUUGUUGCAGGAAUGGUGGGGUCCAAAUAUUCUCAACAACAGUGACUAUCCAACACAUCACAUGGCGGAUAUCCUCAGGUUCAUUACCCUCUGGAAAUACGGGGGUAUUUAUCUCGAUCUUGACGUCCUGGUCAUGAAGUCACUGGAGGGACUACGAAAUUUUGCAGGAGUAGAGGAUUGGAGCUGUGUGGCUGCUGGUGUUUUAGGGUUCGCAACCGAUGCCCCAGGUCGAAGGGUCGCUGAAGCCUGUUUAAGAGAACUGAAAACGGACUUUCGAAGCAAUAUGUGGUCGUACAAUGGGCCUGGUGUAAUUACCAGGGUUCUGAAAAACAUAUGUAACACUGAAACGAUCCCGGAUAUGACACCAGAAAUCUGCCAGGGAUUCCGUGUCUACCCACCGCACGCAUUUUACCCAAUUCACUAUCAACAAUGGAAAUUAUAUUUUACUGAGGAGUUCAAUGAGUUGACAAUGCAGAAAAUUCAAAAUGCAUUUGCAAUUCAUACUUGGAAUAAGCUCAGCAGUGAAGAAAUCAUUCCAGCCGGUAGUCAAGCACCUUACGCUAUUAUAGCUAAUCAAUAUUGUCCAAAGAUUUAUAGACAUUCUGGAGAUUUUUUUUAACCUCAAUAUUUAUGUUAAAAAUACUUAAGUAGAAGAUUAUUGGAUAAGGAAGAAUGAUAUACCCCUUCCCGGCACUCCUGUUCUUAUCAACUACGUAAAUUCCAUUGAUACCUUAAUGGCGGCUAACAUUAUCACGUGUAUAUGAGUUGUAUAUAAUAAUAAAAUACCACAGAUAUAUUUCCUAUCA